GUGCACGCGCUCUAGGCAGGCAGCUCGCGAGGGUUUGGGACAGCGUCACUGGAGCUCAGAGCUCCGAUCAUCAGCUGCUCUGUCUCUGUCUCUGUCUGUCUCUGUCUGGAGCUCACACCGAGCUCAAGCUGUGACUCUCACACUCUACAGAACACACACAGGAGGAACUGAACACCUCCAGAGACCCCUACAGGUCAGUGCACUUCAAGACCACCUCUAGUGAGCAGCAGAUAUGGUGGACACACAGACGUAUGCCUGGUCCAUGGGAUUCGGCCUGAGCGCUCUGGAGCUGGACGAACUGGACAACAGCUCACACUCCAUGGACAUGAAGCCCUUCUCCACGCUGGACUACAGCUCCAUCUCCAGCGUGGAGUAUGAUCCGAGCCCGGCGCAGAGCGAGACGCCGCACAUGAUGGACCUGACACACAUGUACAGCUACAGAGCGCAGGAGAACUACAGCGUGUACAGCGGUCAGGAGAACAGCUACAGACCACACAAUUCAAUCAAGCUUGAGCCCGAGUCUCCUCCUCAGGUGGAGAACAGUGUGUUGUUUUCUCGAGCUCAUGAAGACGCGUCCAGCUCAGCGCUGAACAUCGAGUGUCGUGUGUGUGGAGACAAGGCCUCGGGCUUCCAUUACGGCGUUCACGCCUGCGAGGGCUGCAAGGGAUUCUUCCGCAGGACCAUUCGUCUGAAGCUGGUCUAUGACCACUGCGACCUGCACUGCCGCAUCCACAAGAAGAGUCGCAACAAGUGCCAGUACUGCCGCUUUCAGAAGUGCCUGAUGGUGGGCAUGUCACACAACGCCAUUCGUUUUGGUCGAAUGCCGCAAGCCGAGAAGGAGAAGCUCUUGGCAGAGUUCUCUACUGACGUGGACCACAAGCAUCCCGAAUCUGCAGACCUCCGAGCGCUGGCCAGACAUCUGUACGAGUCCUAUCUGAAGUACUUCCCCCUGACCAAAGCUAAGGCCAGGGCCAUACUGUCAGGGAAGACCAGCGACAGCGCACCGUUCGUGAUUCACGACAUGAAGUCUCUUCUGGAGGGCGAUCAGAUGAUCAACUGCAGACAGAUGCCGUCGCAGGAGCUGCGCCUCAUGCACGAGGUGGAGCUGCGCUUCUUCCACAGCUGUCAGUCUCGCUCGGCCGAAGCCGUCAGCGAGGUCACAGAGUUCGCCAAGAGCAUCCCGGGCUUCAUCGGCCUGGACCUGAACGACCAGGUGACGCUGCUGAAGUACGGCGUCAUCGAGGUGCUCAUCAUCAUGAUGGCUCCGCUCAUGAACAAGGACGGCACGCUCAUCUCCUACGGACAGAUCUUCAUGACCCGCGAGUUCCUCAAGAGCCUGCGCAAGCCCUUCUGUGAGAUGAUGGAGCCCAAGUUUGAGUUCUCCGUCCGCUUCAACACGCUGGAGCUGGACGACAGCGACAUGGCUCUGUUCCUGGCCGUCAUCAUCUUGAGCGGAGAUCGGCCGGGUCUGCUGAACGUCAAGCCCAUCGAGGACCUACAGGAGACGGUUCUUCACGCUCUGGAGCUGCAGCUGAAGAUCAAUCAUCCCGACUCUCUCCAGCUGUUCGCUAAAGUGCUGCAGAAGAUGACAGACCUGCGUCAGCUGGUGACCGAUCACGUCCAUCUGAUCCAGCUGCUGAAGGACACCGAGGUGGACUGGAGCCUGCACCCGCUGCUGCAGGAGAUCAUGAGGGACCUGUACUGAUCUGAUCACACACUGUCCAGACAAACACAGCAGCACUGCGUACAGACCACAGAGAACACAUCUGACCAGACCUCACACACACGGACAUAAGAGUGACCCUCAGACGACCGCAGGUCUCACACCACACGACUGAGGAUUUACUCUCUCUUUUACCUGGAAAUAAACAUUCGAGUAAAAAAAAAAUAGUAAUAAUAUAUAUAUAUAUAUAUAUAUAUAUAUAAAGAUAAGACAAAAAUAAGGCAAGAUUAUCAAGGUAACUAGGCAAAUAUGAAUACAUUUAGAUGUAAAAUUAAUUGACUUUUUAUACAAAUGCUUGUUUGUUUUUGCUUCAAAUGGUCUUUUGGGACACAAGUCAUGUAGCAUAAUGUUUGAUUAAUAUUUUAUAUAUAUUAUAAUAUAAAAGAAUACAUAAUUUCUAAUUUAUAAUAUAUAUAUAUAUGCUAGUUUAUCAUGGUGGUUGUCACUGUUUUAUAUGAGAUGUAUUCUCAGACUUGUGGAAGCUGUUUGUCACUGAUUCAGCUUUGGUCAUGAUCAGAAUAUCUCACAUCCUGGUCUCUGUAAUAACUGAACACACUCACAGCACAAUCAUCAGACGGACCGGAGAGCUGGGGUUAGUCUCAAACUAUGCACAGUAUAUAUUUCCAUAUCUAUAUAUCUAUAUAUGAAAUAUAAGUGCAGCUGAUUGUAAUCACUGAUGUCUGUCUCAGGUCACAGGUCACAGGUCAUCUUGCUUGUUCAUGGAGCAAAUACAACACUUUCUAAAAGAUUAUUUUACAAACAUCUGCUUGUUUGCCUCAAAUUCUGAACUUAAACAUGUUGUCUUUUACAUAUAUGAACUUUUUUAAAAUCUGCAAGGGCUUGUGUUUUGCUUAAUUUUUCUCAGUCGGAUACAUUUUUUUCAAAUUAAUCUAAAGCCUUAAUUUUUUU